GUUUUCAGUCUUUGGCGUUAAAAAAUCCUCUAAAACAACAACGACAAUGGCUUCCUCCAAAAAAUCAGUAUCGGAAAACAAUACCCCAGCGGCGACUCAAACGAAGAAGAAGAAGAAGACGGCAGGCUCUGCGAAUGCGACGAAGAACGACAAUACCACAACCAAGACCAAGACCAAGAUCAAUACACUUUCCAUCAACGGCACCGUAAACUACGAUGAGGUUCCGGCUACUCCAUCUUCAAGCUCCGAUUCUCAUCCUGCGGUCGAAAAUGGCGUUGUCAUCACCAAAAAUGUUACAAGUGUCACCAAAUCCAAUAGUGGAAAGCAGAAGGGGAAGCGAGAACGAAAGGAAGAGCCCGAAGAGGGCGAGGACGCGAAGAUGAAUAAGUUUCCCAUGGAGCGGAUUAGGAGGAUUGUUAGAAGCGAUGAUUCAGAUAUGCGUAUCACUAAUGAAGCUGUUUUUCUGGUCAAUAAAGCUACGGAGAAGUUUAUAGAAAAUUUCUGUGGCGAGGCAUAUGCAUGUGCUAUAAAGGAUCGUAAGAAGUCCCUUGCUUACAAGCACCUCUCAUCAGCUGUCAGCAAACAGAAGAGAUACGAUUUUCUUUCAGAUUUUGUGCCUGAAAAAGUAAAAGCUGUGGAUGCUUUGGCAGAAAGAAAGUUAUUGGAGGCUGAAGCACCUUAGUUGUAACUGGAAAACAAAAUAACGAACUGAUAAGGAAAGCAUGCCGUUCCUUGAACAUUGACGAUGAAAAUAGAGAACUGGUUUGCUAGAGAGUCUCACUUCCGAUGACAGGGGAGUGGUUGAAGGGAACUUGGUACAGAGAUUUGUUAAAAUUUAAUUGUUCUCACAGAGUUUUCAGUUUUGUUUGCGACCAAGUAAUUAGGAAGACUCUCAUGUGUUUUUGUAUAAUUAUUAUAAUUAUUAUUAUUACUUUUUUGAAAAAGUAAUAUUCUCUA